AUGCGAGCCCUGUCGGCCGUGGACGCACUUGCCAGAAUGCGACCCCCUCUCCGGGACCCCAGGGCGGCGGAGGACACUCACACGGCGUUGCCAGCGCGCAAGAGCGCGGUGGAGAGACUGGCGGCCGACCGCGCCAAGUACAUUCGGAGCACGCCGGGAUCCAGCCAGGCUUCUGUCUCCGAGGGCAGGGUCCCUGAGACCCCAGGGGUGCAGCACCGCAACCCAGUUCCUUCGGCUGUUCCUCCAGCUCCCGUAGCCCGCAGGGUUAUCCCUCGGAAGCCGCUGAGACCUGAUUCGUUGGUCAUCUACCGACAGAAAUGCGAAUUCGUCCGAGGGCCAGGAACAGACGGUUCCAGAGUUGGGACGGUGAAGAAGUUUUCCCAGGGGUCUCCCAAGGACAAAAUACCAGUGGCCCCUGAGACGACCGUGGUGUCAGGUGAGGGCAAGACGAAGGAAACAGAGGCCACUUGGACCAAGUCCGAUAAGGCGGUAGCCACUAGUCCAGCCUCUCCGUUAUCACCUCCCACCCCUGUAGUGGCCACGGAGUCCCCAGGUGUGCCUUUGAAGGUGGCUUCCGAGGUUCCAGUUGCACCCUCCGCAGGGGAGCUACGGGUGUCGCGUCGCAGAGGACUGCAGCGCUCUCAGUCAGAUCUCAGCUCCCGCUACUCGAUAGCCAGGGCCGAACCCGACAACUUCUUCCUUUAUUGCGGCCUGGAACCUGAAGUGGUGGAGGCUCUUGGGAGAGAGAACUUCUCUGCUGGGUCCGACUGUGUUACAUUCAAAGUGCGGAGCGUGAGCAUGGCUACUUCUGAUAGUAGCUUCUCCAGGCACAGCGAGGACGGGCUGCAAGAAGAGGAGCUCAUGGAGCAGAUGCCCAGCACCACCUCUGUAGUAGAAAGGAACGCCCGUAUCAUAAAGUGGCUGUUUACCUGCAAGAAGGCCAAAGAAACCCCCAGCCAGAGGUUGCAGGGACCUGCCUGA